UUUCAAGUUUUCCCUCUUUCCAAAAAAAAAAAAAAAACAAUUGAAACUAAAAGCCGAGAAAUAAGGAAUUGCUUCUCAUUCUGAUUCUAAUCAGUAAAAACAGUGAAGUGGAAUAGGAGGAGGAGAAGAGCUUUUGGGCUUUCCCCAACGUAUAAAGCAACAAGUAAUCUGGAUAAACCAGCCGGCAUGGAUGACUUUGACUUGGAAUUAGAUGAGAUGGAAUUAAUUGCAGCAGCUGCUGGCUACUACUAUUAUAAUAGUAUAACUAAGCAGCCUCCUCGUACUUUGUCACCUCGUGGAAGUGGUUUCAUGACUGAAGUACUGAAUGGUGAUGAUGAUGGAUGUUGGGAAAUGCUUCGGAUGGAUAAACAUGUAUUUCACAAGUUAUGUGGCAUUCUUCGACAAAGAGGCAUGUUACGUGAUACAGCUGGGGUUAUGAUAGAGGAGCAGCUGGGAAUAUUUUUGAACAUUGUUGGCCAUAAUGAACGUAACAGAGUAAUCCAAGAGCGAUUUCAACACUCAGGUGAAACCAUUAGCCGGCAUUUCAAUAAUGUGUUGAAGGCGAUCAAGUCACUAUCACGUGAAUUUCUACAACCACCCCCGCACACCACUCCUCCUGAAAUCUUUGGAAAUAAUAGAUUUUACCCAUAUUUUAAGGAUUGUAUAGGAGUCAUUGAUGGCAUGCACAUUCCUGCACACGUCCCGGCAAAAGAUCAAUCUCGAUUUCGUAAUAGGAAAGGUAUUCUAUCUCAAAAUGUAUUGGCAGCUUGCACGUUUGACCUACAGUUCAUAUUCAUUUAUCCUGGCUGGGAAGGCUCGGUUGCAGAUUCGCGUAUAUUGAGGGCGGUCCUUGAUGACCCAGAUCAGAAUUUCCCCCAAAUUCCUGAAGGUAAAUAUUAUCUUGUUGACUCUGGAUAUUCAAAUAUGGAAGGAUUUAUUGCUCCAUAUCAAGGAGUUCGGUACCACAUUCAUGAAUAUAGAGGUGGCAAUCAGCUACCUAGAAAUGCAAAGGAGUUAUUCAAUCACAGGCACGCUUGUCUAAGGAAUGUCAUGCAAAGGUCUUUUGAUGUGUUGAAAACUCGAUUUCCAAUUCUCAAGCUUGCCCCUCAAUAUGCAUUCCAUAUACAAAGGGAUAUAGUUAUAGCUGCCUGUGUUCUGCAUAAUUUCAUCCGGUGGGAGGAAAGAAAUGAUCGCUUGUUCACUAGUGCUGAAGGGUUGGUAGUGGAUGAAGUGCCUGAUUUUGAUGAACAUCCUGAUAUGCAGCUGGCUUCUCCAAUACAGGAUGAAGUAGCUUUCUCAUCUCGAGAGUCAAUUGCUACUGCUAUGUGGGAUGACUUCCUAAAUAAUUGGGAUGAGUGGUGACAGUUGGCACCAGCAAUCAAUGAGGAGGUGUAGAUGCAAUAGAACUCGCAUGAUGCGUUUCGAUGUGAGUAAUACUUCUUAGUAGAUUGUUAUACAAUUGUCAUACAACUUGAUGAUGAAACAGUAUUAGA